AGCUACCCCAACUUGUGGGUUUCAAACAGCUCUCAUGGGUUCCUUUCCCACGACUUGUUUCCACAAGGACGUAGUGGCAGAAGAAGGGUCAACAACAACCACGACUUUCGUCUCAACGGAGCCUUUGGUGGCAGAAACUGACAAGGUUCAGCAGCCAGAGGAUGAGAGUGAUGAUGAGGAUGAGUACGACAAGAGUUCUGAGGACCUUUGGCCUUUGUUGAAACUGCAGCGUCAGCUUGAGGCACUGUCAAAGCUAAAGCCAAGUCUCCAAGAACGACAUUUAGCAGUGUUGCUGACUACGGGUGCCAUGAAUCCACUACAUCGUGGGCAUGCACAGCUUCUGCACCAGGCGGUCGAUCGACUUCAGAGAGAAGGCUUCGAUGUGGUGGGUGCUUGGUUGUCACCAUCCCACGAUGGAUAUGUGCAGCCCAAGGCACGGAAGAUGAAUACAAUUGGCUUUUCUGCUCAGUUUCGUUUGGAAGCUGCGCGUCGUGCUGUUUCAGAAGAUUCGCUUUUGGCCGUCGGCAGCUGGGAGGCCAAAAAACCUGGACGGUGGCCGGACUAUCCCGAGGUAGCGAUGGCACUUCAACGGAAGCUGCGCAAAGUCGAAAAGGCAUGGAAACUCACAAACGGCCUUAAGGCUGGAACGCUGUGGCAAAAGGGGCUUCAGGGCCAUGGCGAGGUUUUCUAUGCUUGUGGCACAGAUCAUGCACAGACCCAGGGCUUAUAUCGUGGAUUUCUGACCGACAGGCCACUUCUGCCAGACCUGAUGCGAUGGGGCUGA